AUGGCGAUGGUUCUGACUCCCAUGCGCAAUCCUGCCAACCAUGCAGCCUUCCUGGGGGAGCUGAGGCAGUAUGCCAUGCGCCUGCACACCCGGGAGCAGGCACCUCGGGAGGGCAAGGCCGCCGCUCCCAAGCCUGACAAGCCGUGGGAGCCUAAGCUGGCUGGCUACAUGCAGUUCAUGGCAGAGUCCAAGGUCGUGUACGACACUUUUGAGGAGCUGUUGGCGGCAGGCGCACAGCCUUACUACAAGGAGUUUGCGGCGACGGGGCUUCAGCGCGGUGCAGCUAUCGACCACGACCUUGCCUACCUCUCCGAGAGGUAUGGCGUGCCCAUUCCGGAGGCAAAGCCAGACGGCCCAGGCCACACCUACGCCAGUGAGUUGCGCGAGCUCGCAGCAAACAAGCCGGGACCCUUCCUGUGUCACUUUUACAACCACUACUUUGCGCACACGGCGGGUGGCCGAAUGAUAGGGAAGCAGGUUUCCCAGAGGAUCUUGGACGGAUGGACGGGCAACUUUUACAAGUGGGACGGAAAUGUCAAGGACAUGCUGGAUGACGUGAGGGGCAAGCUGGAAAGUGUGGCACAGACGUGGUCAGAUGAGGAGAAGAAUGCGUGUCUGGAGGAGACGGCUGCCACCUUCAGCUGGGGUGGCAAAUUGUUGAGGCUGGUGGCUGCAGACUAG